AUGGCCGCCGAAAAACCCAUCGCCGAGACCCCCUACCCCGUCGACCCUCCCGGCGAGGUCAAGUCCGGCACCAUGAAGGCCAUGGUCGAGGCCGACCUGCUGGACGAGCGAUACAAAGUAACCCAGCGAGGGCUAAAGAACCGCCACGUGCAGCUGAUGGCGCUUGGUGGCACCAUCGGCACCGGUCUCUUCGUGGGAUCGGGCCAGGCGUUGAACAUCGGCGGUCCGCUGUCGCUGCUGCUGGGCUACAUCUUCAUCUCGGCCCUCGUCUACGCGCUCGUCACCGGCAUCGCGGAAAUCGGCGCAUACCUCCCCGUGCACGGCGGCACCAUGUCCUACCACGGCUUCCGUUACGUCUCGCGCAGCCUCGGCUUCGCCAUGGGCUAUCUAUACUGGUACUCGUUGGGGAUUCUGGUGCCGUACGAGAUCGUCGCGGCCUCCAUGGUCAUUGAAUACUGGAACUCUGGCGUGCACCUGGCCGUCUGGAUCAGCAUCAUGCUGGUGGUCAUCGUGUUGCUCAACUUCCUCCCCGUGCGCUUCUACGGCGAGACCGAGUUCUGGUUCUCGGGCAUCAAGAUCAUCACGCUGAUCGGCCUGCUGCUGCUCUCCUUCAUCCUCUUCUGGGGCGGCGGACCCAACCGCCAGCGCCUCGGCUUCCACUACUGGAAGGAAUCCGGGGCCAUGAACACCUAUUUGGUCGCAGGCGACGCCGGCCGCUUCGUCGGUCUCCUCCAAUGCAUCGUCAAGAGCGCCAUCGCCUUCAUCUUCGCGCCAGAACUCAUCAUCAUCAGCGGCGGCGAGAUGGAAUCCCCCCGACGCAACGUCCCCGUCGCCGCGCGCCGCUACAUCUACCGCCUCGUCUUCUUCUACAUCCUCGGCGCGUUGGCCAUCGGCGUCAUCUGCUCCUCGCGCGCUGACGCCAUCAUCAACGGCUCCGGCACCGACGCGUCCUCGUCGCCGUUCGUCGUCGCCAUCGCCAACGCGGGCAUCCCCGUCCUCGACUCCAUCGUCAACGCAGCCAUCCUCACCUCCGCCUGGUCCGCGGGCAACUCCUUCCUUUACAUGUCCUCGCGGUCCCUCUACUCCCUCGCCGUCUCCGGCAACGCCCCCUCCAUCUUCAAAUCCUGUAACCGCUCCGGCGUCCCCUACCUCGCCGUCUUCAUUUCCUCCCUCUUCUCCCUCCUCUCCUACCUCGCCGUCUCCAACGGCUCGAACACCGUCUUCAACUGGCUCAUCAACUUCACCAACACCUCCGGUUUCAUCUCCUGGAUCUGCUGCGCCAUCGUCUACUUCCGGUUCAACCGCGCCAUCGCCACCCAGGGGGUCGAGAAACCGUACUCCUCGACCCUGCAACCCUACGGCAUGUACAUCGGUCUGGCGGGGUCAUUAUUCCUCGCCCUGAUCAACGGGUUCACCUGUUUCUUUCCGUCCGAGUGGUCCGCCAGUACCUUUUUUACCGCGUAUAUCGGCAUCCCAGCCUUCUUGGUCCUGUACCUGGGUCAUCGGGCAGUGUUCUGGUCUGAUCCGUGGGCAUGGAGACCGGCAGAUGUUGAUCUGCAUACGGGAUUGGCGGAGAUCGUGGCGGCUGAGAAACCGCCUCGGGUGAGGGAUACGUGGUGGAAGAAGGUGAUGGUGUUGGUGGAGUGA